AUGUCUGCUGUAAUUAAGAACAAUAUUCAUAAGGUCAAGAAUGAACUCAAUCCGUAUUUGCACAACAAUCGAAUUAGCCUAUUUUUGGACCUGGUCGAACAGAAAAUACAUUUGGAACGUUCACUAAUUGCGCUUGGUAUACUUCCCAUUCUUGCCAUCUAUUUGAUAAUCGGUUGGGGUAAUGAUUUUGUCUGUAAUUUAAUCGGAAUUCUCUAUCCUGUCUAUGCUUCAUUAUCAGCUAUCCAAUCUCCAGGAAAAUAUGACGAUAGACAUUUGUUGAUUUAUUGGAUUGUUUAUUCAUUGCUUGGUUGUAUUGAGUAUUUUGGAUAUAGUUUAUUCAAUUCAUUGUUUUUUUAUUGGCUUGCUAAAUGUAUCUUUCUUGUCUGGUUUAUGAAAUCUGGCUCUCGUAUGAUCAUUCGUCGUUUUAUUCAAAAUACUGCUGUUCUUAAUGACGUUCAGGACGAACAUAUCAUUGAAACUGAUUAUCAUGCACCACCAAUUGCUGAUUUUGGUUAUAGUGGUGGAGAAAUGACUGAAGAAUAUCGAGAUAAAUUUGAAUCAUGGGAAGCUACUGAUGAUGGUGAAUAUUCAAUGAAAGUUAUGUUUGCUGAUGGUGGUUUACCAACAGAUUAUGAAUUAAAUAAUAUUAAUUCUGUUACUAUGACACCGAAUGGAAAAUAUGUAAUUAUUGGACAAAGUCAAGGACCAUCACAAAUAUGGGAUACUAUUAAUGGACAACUUGUUUCAAGUAUGCAAGGUAUAACUAUUCAUUCUAGUAAAGUUACAUUAGCAUGUGAUGGAACACUUUUGGUUGGUUUGGCAAGUGAUAGUUUUGAUUCACAAUCAAAUAUACUUCAAAUUUGGGAUUUUAAUACAGGAAAAUCAAUUGAAUUACCAUAUCAAAUAAAAUGUACAACAUUUACAUUAAGUAAUAAUUCCAAUUGUCUCAUAAUGGCAGGAAAUCAAAAAUAUGGACAUGGAAUAUCUGUUGGUAUAUUUGAUUUAAAUAAUUUGGAAUUAAUGAAAGAAAUUAAAUCAGAUACAAAUCAAUCUUAUGAUAGUACACCAUCGUUUAUAACAUUAACACCUGAUGAAUGUUAUGCUAUUGUUGGUUGUCCAUCAGGAUUAACAACAAAUUAUGUUGUUUUUCAUUUAAUAACACAACAAGAAUUAAUUCAACCACCAAUAAUUACUAUUGAUUCUGAUCCUCAAUGUUCAAUUGUUUUAAAUAAUGAACAAAUGUUAACUGGAACAAUAAAUGGACAAAUUAUUCUUUGGAAUAUUCCAUCAUGUCAACGUAUACAAACAUUAAAUGAUAAUAGACAAAAUGCACAUAGAGAUAAAAUUAAAGAUUUAAAAUUCUCACCUGAUUGUUCAUGUUUUGUGACAAUUAGUGUAGAUGGUACAGCGAAAGUUUGGGAUACAAAUUCAAAAGAAGUUAUUUCGAAAUUAAUUGGACAUGAACGAGAAAUAACUUGUGCAUGCAUAUCAACAAAUCAAUUAGUAGUAACUGGUUCAAAAGAUCAAAAUAUAUGUUUAUGGUAUUUACAAUCAGGUCAAAUAGCAUCAACUAUACAUGUUGGUAUGACACCACUUCAUAUUUAUAUGGCCGCACAUAAUCAAACAAUUGUUGCCAUUGGUGAGAAAGAUGGUCAAAGACAAUUAUUAAUGCUUCGUGUUGUUUUUGAACAACGAUAA